CUCUUUUUGAUGAAGCCAAGUUCCACCAUAGUUACAAUCCACGAUGAAGACAGUAUGGCAACAACACCACCGGUCUUCACGAGCUCGCCGCAAGAAAUAACUAGUUCCAUGUCGCUGGAAAAGAGGAAAGAACAUGGACCGCUACCAGGAGUCCAAGAGCAUCCAUCGGUCGACAUGGCCCGCAGAAUGUUCGAGCAUCUAGACAGCAUCCACCGACUUCAAUCGGACAUUGCCUCUCAACAUCAAGCGCUAGAGAAUGUGGAGCUCGGCGUGGAUGCCCACUUCAAAUCGAAACAUACAGAGACCGGCCAUCACGACUCGUCCUCCAACGUCAGACACGCACAGAACCAUAGCGGAAUCUCGGGACUCCAAGAACCUGGAACAUCCUCCGAAAACGUCCGCCAACAAUUCCUGAAUAGACAGACUGCCGUUAACGGCCUCAUGAUCAAGCUUUCCGAUCUAUCCGUAGCCUUGAAUGGGAUCCACAACUUGGGCGUUGAGGACAUGGGCGUUGAUGACAACAUCGGAAAACCAUCCAACCAAACUUCGAAGUGAACCAAAGACACCCUUUGACUCGUCCUAUAUCUCUAAUCACCUCCCUCGACCAAGUCUGCCGCUUUCUUCUCCGAUUGUACUUUCUAAAACCAGUUUAUCUCUUUUCUAUUAAUCUAUGAAAUCCGGUUCUGAGGCAGGAUUUGUAUAUUUUGAUCUUGGAAGGAUGGUUUGUUCUGAUCACGUCCUUGAUUAGCUGAGGAUGGCGAUGAAUUAACGGUUUGAUGGACAAUUUUCACAACUAUCAACUUUGAUUUUUCUCGUAUUCAAUCCGGACGUGUGCCGUGAUCAUCGAUACAACCAUCGAUCCGGAUUGAGAUACAGCCUAGUCCUCUGGACGAUUCCAAGCAUAAAAUUGUACCCAGUGAUUGUGAUAUUUCAAACCUUUGAUUCCUGUUGUUCCAUGUUGGACUGUUGAAAGUGGCCAAAUCA